GGCUAAGUGUAUAACAUAUGAACGAGAACGUGGAUAUUUACUCAAAUAUAAGCUCCCCGCGACAAGUUAGCUGGUUGUGUCAAGAAACAUAUGCAAACGAACUUAAGUGACAUUACGCAGGAGUAAUUCAUUUUGAGAAAGGAUGUAUUUUUGACCAGGAAAAGGUGACACCGACUUUUGGGACCUUGCAUUUCUAUUGGAAUAUGCGGGGCAUCAGUUGUGUCAGGACUUGAGGUGGGCACUUAAAAAAUUUUUUUAUAAGCAUAAAGACGAAUUCUCACAACAAUACUGCCCAAAAGAACGUUUGGCACCGCAGCAUUUCAACGUAAAGCACGCAUUUAAGUAAUUUCGGUCUUAAUAUCUACAUUCAUUUGUUGCUUUUUGACAACCAGAAAGCCUCCACUGUCGUAAAUUGCUGACAGCACAACUAAUCAGAUAAAGUGCUGCGCGUAGUAGCCGAACGCACAAGGACUUGCCCAGACGGACGGAAAGCAACGGCAUCAGGUGUUGCCUCCCAAAACAAGAAGUGAGGCAAAAGGUGAGCCAAACCAUGUCAGACGGUCCGAGACAACGGAGCAGCACAUCGGGGUCCGGUAAGGAUGCUGCCGGCGCGAAGGAGUCUGGAGGAGGAGGGGUCGCGCUCAAGAAGGAGAUUGGUCUUGUGAGCGCAUGUGGAAUCAUUGUUGGUAAUAUCAUUGGCUCAGGGAUUUUCGUCAGUCCAAAAGGCGUCUUGGAGAAUGCCAGCUCUGUGGGUAUGGCUCUUAUUGUGUGGAUCAUCACUGGAAUCAUCACUGCCAUUGGGGCACUGUGUUACGCUGAGCUGGGGGUCACCAUCCCCAAAUCGGGAGGAGAUUACUCUUACGUGAAGGACAUCUUUGGUGGUCUGGCUGGAUUUUUACGUUUGUGGAUUGCCGUGCUGGUCAUUUACCCCACCAACCAAGCUGUGAUUGCAUUGACGUUCUCCAAUUAUGUUCUCCAACCACUGUUUCCUACAUGCUUCCCCCCAGAAAAUGGCCUACGUCUCCUGGCUGCGGUUUGUCUCUUGCUAUUGACAUGGGUGAACUGCUCAAGUGUACGGUGGGCGACCAGAGUCCAGGACAUCUUCACUGCAGGGAAACUUUUAGCCCUAAUCCUCAUUAUUAUCAUGGGCAUUGUACAAAUCUGCAAAGGGGAGUACUAUUGGCUGGAGCCAGUCAAUGCCUUUGAGCCCUUCCAGGACUAUGAUGUUGGUUUGAUAGCUUUAUCGUUUCUACAAGGCUCGUUCGCCUAUGGAGGGUGGAACUUCCUCAACUAUGUAACGGAGGAGCUGGUUGAUCCAUAUGUGAAUCUUCCUCGUGCCAUCUUCAUCUCCAUCCCCCUGGUGACCUUUGUCUAUGUUUUUGCGAACAUUGCCUACGUCACAGCCAUGAGUCCUCAGGAGCUCCUUGCCUCAAACGCUGUUGCAGUGACAUUUGGUGAGAAACUCCUUGGUGUCAUGGCUUGGAUUAUGCCCAUUUCUGUGGCUUUGUCUACCUUUGGAGGGGUCAAUGGAUCCCUCUUUACCUCUUCACGUUUGUUCUUUGCUGGAGCCCGAGAAGGCCACCUCCCCAGCCUUUUAGCCAUGAUUCAUGUAAAACGUUGCACUCCCAUCCCUGCUCUGCUCUUUACUUGUCUUUCUACCCUGCUCAUGCUGUGCACCAGUGACAUGUACACGCUUAUCAACUAUGUUGGCUUCAUCAACUACCUCUUUUACGGUGUCACUGUUGCCGGUCAGAUUGUGCUGCGAAUUAAACAACCAGAUAUGCACCGACCAAUCAAGAUUAGCCUUAUUUGGCCUGUCAUUUACCUCAUCUUUUGGGCUUUCCUGCUUAUCUUUUCCUUGUACUCUGAACCUGUGGUAUGCGGCAUCGGCCUGGCCAUCAUGCUCACUGGAGUUCCCGUCUACUUCCUGGGAGUCUACUGGAAAAAGAAGCCCCAGUGUUUUGACAUCUUAGUUGACAAAAUGACAUACCUGGGCCAAAAGCUGUGUGUGGUGGUCUACCCAGCAGAAAGCAGAGGUAACAGUGGUGCAGCAGAUGAAGGAGAGGAGAUGACUGAGGCCAAAUCUCCUUUGUCAAAAGAGGACGGAGACAAUCUUAAAGCAGACUGCUAAAACAAAGUGUCAUUAUUUUACCAACUCAAACCACUCAGAAAUCUGGGCACACAUACAGAACACAGCACAGGUUUCUUUAAAUAAGAUUUGAUGUGGAUUUUACAUCUCUCAUUUCUAUGCUAAUACGGCAAAGAAAUAAACAAUCCCAUUUUUCAGGGAUGCUUCAAAAAUAAAUACCCUUGACACAUGUGUCUUACAUUUGCUAAAUAUCAUUUGCUUUAUCCCAUCUAAAGCCACACACUCUCUGUACACUCCAACUACAUUUUUUGGUUUUUAGACUAUAAUUUUGAUACUUUUUUUUUUUUUAUCACACUGAAACUGUAUAUUUUUCUAGCAAUCAAUUCUCAAAUCAAGUAAUUUCAUAUUGUAAUCUAUCCAAGUACAGUGUUGGCUACUAUGAUUCCACUUUUUUUUUUUAAAUGUAAUAAUUUUGUAUACCUUUGUUGUGUUAUUAGUUUUGAUAAGUUAAUUGUAGUUUUGUUUAUAGUUACUAUAUUUUUUCUAUAAGGUAGUAAAUAUCCAUGGGUUUAUUGCAAACUCUUGCAAAGUGUGCAUGUUAGAUUUUUGCCUUAAAUAGAUUAUCUAUGAACACUACACUUAGCUUUUAAUUUAAUUUGUGUGCCUCUUUGAAACUCAAACCAACAUUAAUGUAUGUAUACAACUAAUGGGCAAAGCCAUUCUUUAUCUUUCAUAUUUUUAGCUUAACAUCUUGCUCUCUUUGAAUGAUUUUGUAAAUUUCUUGUAUGACAUUAGAUUUUAGUGCAAUAUGGGUAAAGACACCAGCAAGAAAAAUAGUGAAAUUAUUUGAAUUGUCUGACAAUACUUAUGUCUGUGUAAAUGAUUUUACUUUACUUCAGUAUAUAGCGUGUCCCAAUGUAAUGUUGGUGUCUCAGGGCAUUACCACUACUUUCCAGAUCACAGUGUCAAAAACUACAGUGCAAGUUUUAAAAAAAGCCUGACCAACC